AUGCACUCCCAAUCUUCAUCGCCUUCUCUUUUCCAAGGAUCAUUCGUACCAUUUCACGAAGAGACCGCCGAACCCAUGUGUGUAACGCAGGUCGCUUUUGAUGAUCGCUCGGUGUGUGAUCAAGAAGUCUUAAGACAGUUCAUUCCAAUGCCAUAUAGGCAUUGUCAUCACGAUGAACCAAUUGUACGGCCAAUGCGACAAACCUCGGCCUCAACUUCUCAUAUGAUCAACAUGUUUGAUCACUUGACUCAUACCGAAGAGACGGAAUCCAACGCAUCAACGUCUCCCAACGUCGGUAUCAAUGCACGCCUCAAAUACCAACACUCAUCCAGUCGAGACCCUACUACACGCCCUCAGGAUCACAAAGGGGCGAGCCCAUUCGAUAUGGCGAUGCAAUCUGGUCAUAAUGCCGACGUAGACUCCCGAUCAUCACCGCAUAUGGCGCCUUCUUCUGUACCUCAUGACAUGAUUGAUUGGACGCUAGAUGUGACUUUAGACGCAUCAUCCCUUCCGAUCUGGGAAGACCCGGCACCAGCAACGCGAUCCAUAAACGUCAACGUGGAUUGUCUCUUGGAUCAUCAGAGUGUAGAAGAAGAUUGUAUAGGGGAUACCCGUCGUAAGCUGAUCUGGGAUUACACACCAAGACCACCUCUCUCAAAACGCUCUCGCCAUAACACUCCACCUAAUCCGAAUGACGAAAGGGAUGUGAAUGUGGAAGAGCCAAGGAAGAGAAGGAAGAGAUGCAUUUGA